AUUCCAUCAUAAUGUUUGGUCGCCAUUUUGAAUACCCGUUGGAGCGCGCGAAUAACACAUACCAAUUGGUACAUCUGAUAAUACACACCUUAAUAAUAUGGAUGACUAACAUGACUAAUUGAUACCAUUCGGAAUCAUGGAUUGAUAUUGUAGACUAAACGGAAUCUCUAUAUUUGAGUGGUAUUUUAAAAAGAGGACUAAAAAGACUUUUGUUUCAAGGAAGCACAUUUUAAACGCGUUCCCCAACAACAACUCUCCACGACAGGGGACUCAUUUUUAUAAACCAUCGAGCAGCCGUGAUCAUCGACCAUGAGCCGCAUCGUCCAAGCCCUCAUUGCCAUCGCCAUCUUCCUAUUUGUCGGCAUCUUGAUCUUCGUGCCUUCGAUGGUGAUAACCAUCGAGCCCUUCUCCAACUGGGGCCAGUUCGAGCCCGUGGUCUGCGGCGAGAUCGUGGAGGAUGAGCGCAUCAAUUGUUACCCUGACAUGGACCGGCCAACGGCCCGUCAGUGCGAGAGCAGGGGAUGUUGUUACCAGAGGAUCACCUGGGAUCGCCUGAACAAGAUCCCCGAGUGCUACUUUCCCCUAGGGGUUGGUUACCGGGUCAUAGGGGACAGGAAGGACAUCUCUGAAGGGUUUCAGCUAGAGCUCUUCAGGUUGCACACCCCAAGGUUCUUCUACGAGGAAGUUGAGAACCUGAGGUUUAGAGCAGAGUUCUACAAGGAAAACAUCCUUCAUAUGAAGAUAUUCGAGUACCGUUACGUGGACAGGGACGAGAUCAGGUUUGCAGAAUUCGAAGACAGGAACUGGAAACCACGCUAUGAAAUUCCUCUUGAAUACCCCAAGACCACUCUAAAGAACAGCUGGCCUGAGUAUGAGAUCCAAUACGAAAGGAACCCGUUCACAUUCAAGAUCAUGCGAUCGAGGACAAAUACACCGCUGUUGGAUACAAACAUUGGAGGCUUGGUAUUUGAGGAUCAGUUCCUUCAGUUAUCUGCGAGGAUACCCAACAGUAUGAUGUAUGGGUUGGGAGAACACAACAAAAGAAGAUUUAGACAUGAAGUCAACUGGCACACUUACGGCAUCUUUUCUGCAGAUAACGACCCUGAUGAAAAUCAGUACAAGAAUCUCAAUGGGCACCAUCCAUUCUUCAUGGCCGUAGACGACCUUGGAGAUGCCUUCGGGGUGUACUUUGCAAACAGUAACGCACAGGAUGUCAUGCUUACGCCUGCUUCCGCAGUAACAUGGCGAUCUAUUGGAGGCGUCUUAGAUUUCUGGAUAUUUACUGGACCGACGCCGGAGAUGGUUAUCGCCCAAUAUACUGAGAUUAUAGGGCGCCCUCACAUGCCUCCUUAUUGGGCACUGGGAUACCAGAUCGGCCGUGCGGAUUGGAGGAGCGUAGAUGAAAUCAGACAAGUCGUUGAUAACAACGUCGCCGCUGGUGUACCAUUCGAUACCAUCUAUAGUGAUGUUAAUUACAUGAAGGACUUCAUGACCUUCACCUUCGAUGACGUCACAUUUGAAGGGCUACCAGAGUUCGUUCAGGAAUUGAACGCAGGCGGAAUGAAAUACAUCAUAGCACUGAAUCCGGGAGUUUCUAGUCAAGUCCCUGAGCCACGAAACUUCUAUCAUUUCUACUACUAUGGAAACAAGUACGGAUUUUACAUCAACGAGACGGACAAGAAGACGCAGGCUAGAGGCUUCCAAUGGCCCGGGGAAGUUGCCUUUACAGAUUUCUCGAACCCUGACGCCAAGGAUUGGUGGGCUAUAUUUGCUUAUGAUUUCGCUCAAACUCUUCCCUUUGAUGGAGUUGAUAUGACCAUGAACGAGCCUGGUAAUAUGGUUAACGGAUCGAAGAUUGGAUGUGGGAAUAGAAAAUGGAACUUCCCUCCCUGGGUUCCAAACCUUUACAGUCGCAUGCUCUACUACAAAACAUUAUGUAUGGACUACCAACAACAUCUAGGUCUCCACUAUAACAUACACAGUCUAAACGGACACUUCGCUGCCGAGGCUGGCCAGUAUAUCAUGGAGCAGGUCAAACCAGACAAGCGUAGUUUGGUGCUAUCACGGGCAACAUUCCCUGGUACUGGACGAUAUGCCGGUCAUGCCUUAGGAAAGAAUAAACAAGGAUGGGAUGAAAUGUACCAAUCACUUGUAUCUGUGAUGGAUUUCAGCUUAUUCGGCAUCCCAUACGUUGGACCAAACACAUGUAGUUACUAUGACGACUCCCCGAUGGAAUUGUGCAUCAGAUGGACUCAGAUGUCAGCAUUCUUCCCACUCUUCAGAACCUACAAAGGACGUGGAACGGAACCACACGAUCCCGCAUCUUUGGGCAGUGAGUUCCUGGAAAGCACAAGAGAGGCUAUAAAAUACCGCUACUGGUUGCUUCCUUAUAUUUAUACAUUAUUCUACCACGCCAGGCUUGAUGGCUGGACCGUGGUUAGACCAAUUGUUAAUGAUUUCUCCAAGUAUGAAAACUCAUGGGACGUUGACUGGGAAUUUUUGCUCGGACCUGCUUUACUAGUUGCCCCAGUCCUCCAUCAGGGACAGACGUCAGUGAAUAUCUACAUUCCAGAUGAUAGGUUUUACAACUUUUACGACGGGACCGAGAUUCCGGCAACAGUCAAAGACAGUAAUACGACGCUCUCGGCUCCUUUAGAUAAGAUCGUUUUAGUUCAACGCGGUGGGACCAUUAUCCCGCUACAGAAGAAUGCCGAUCACGGUGUAGCAAACUCAACAGAGUUUAGUCGUCUGGACCCUAUUACGUUGGUGAUCGCGAUACCGGAGGAGGUUAGCUUGCAAGCCUAUGGAGAUCUUUUCUGGGACGACGGGACAACUUGGAAUACGUACGAGAGGAAUCUAGAUCUGUACUUGGAAUUCUUCGCUAAUCGGGACCGUAUCGAUAUUUUAUCUCAACGGACGGGUAUGAUUGAGGACAAUCCUAAGCUUAUUGACGAUCUACCGGUUAUCGAAGCGAUCGCGAUGUAUGGAAUGCCGAGUGAUCCUGGCUCAACGGUAGCAGUUAAUAACCAACAAAUUGAUCAAUCGCAGUUCGGUUUUGAUAAUAUUAACAAUGUCUUUAAUAUAACUGGUUUAGCAUUGGAUAUCAUCUCUGAUCACGUGAUUGAACUCGGCGCCACAGCAAACCCACUGUAAUAAUAAUAGUUAGAUAAACAACACCUUGGCUUGGGUCAUCUCCAUUCCUAUUUGUAUCAAAAUGCAUCUACAUCAUGUUUAGUUAGGCAUUUCAUAGCAAUGAAUAAUUUAAGCCUCGAAUAAACAUAGCUCACAAAUUGCAUGGAUUGCUUUUGUCUUAAGUUAUUAAAAUUUUGAGAUUAGGCUUACAUUAUAAGUGUUAAAUACUAAGCUUGAACUUGCUGUGAAAUGAAAAGGGGAAAUAUUAUACAAACAUCAAUAUUGUUGAAUAUACAGUCAUAGGGAGAAAAGAUUUUUCGGCUGAUGCAAAAGUUUUCUAAAGCUGACAAAUCCAGAAAAUACUGGAUUUGUUUCGAGAAUUAUGUUUUGAAUUAUUUAUGCCUUUUUUCAUCACCGAAAUUUUUAAUUGGUUUUAAUUGGUUUCUUGUGAUUGGUCUAAAUUAAUUUCACCUAUGUGAAGGCAGUGUCACUAUUAUAUUACCCGAGACAGAUGACGUAUGAGCUCUCGGAUAUCACGACUAGCACGAGCCCUAUUUUUUUUAUCUAUCUGUCAUUAACAAAUGAGUUGAUUUGAUUCGAUUUCAAGAUGAAUUUGAUACUUGACCAUACAAACUGCCUCAUUUGAAAGCGUAGAACAACGAUUUAUACCUUGCCAUUGAUAAUGUCGAUAUUAAGUUUUAUGAAACGUUGCCUUGGUGAGCUGCAUAUUAUGAUGUUUGAUAAUAAAGCCUAAUAUAAGCGCUUAGAUACUAUCUUUAACGUCGUCUUAACAGGAUCAUAAUAAGGUAAACAAGGAUUUUCAGAUGUAAUAAUAGGAAUAUUUUUGGCCAAAAUCUCGAUUCUCGAAUGUUGGGCCUUUGUUGAUGGAGUUUAAAUCAGCCUUUUCACAACUUUUUAAAAUCAGUUAUCAAAAUUAUUCAUGUGAUCUUCUUCUUUAGAUUUACAUUUUUCGGGUGAAUUUCUUUCAAAAAGAUAUUUACUGCGAAUAUCUUAAAAGUUAAGAAACAUUCCUACUUAUACCACUGCAAAACUUUAGUCAUUACUCAUUGAUGUGUUCAUCAUGAUAUGAAGGUUUUUUUUUAAGCAAUGUUGGUUAGAGUAGAUUAUGUAGUUGUUUUUUAAGAGAAAAAAAUGCAGCUUAUACUAUUUUUCUCGUAAAUCUAACGCAGUUUUUUGCCAUUCCAUUUCUUUGUUUAACGCCGCUGUUACUAAAAUAAAAAAACAUUAUGCAUUAGAACAUAUUAUGAAUCUGUGUAAAUAUUCUCUUCAAGGAAAUACUAUUUCGAUUUUCAUUUUUGUAAGCAUUAUUUUGAAAUCGCACUUCAUGACUAUAGUAUAUGUGUAGAAGUCUUGUCGGCCCACAGAAAGUGUCAUUGAUUCCAUUUGAAAUGCUUCGUGGUUUUAUUAUUCCAUCUUGAUUAAGAUUAUUAUAAACGCAAUGAAUAAGAUGAGUAUAACAGAUGCGACUCAUAGUACUUAUAAAUAAUCCAUUCGUCGAUAUGUUUUUAACUUUAGCGCAGGUUUUUGUUUUUUGAUCAUAAAAACAUGGACCUCAGAUUGAAAUAAAAGAUUUCUACAUUUCUAAUGUGUAUAUAUUUCUUUUAUAUAUUUAGUGCAAGUAGUUCUGAUAAGUGAUAGCUUCACGAAAAUUAUUGUGAAAUAUUUAAGAAAA